UAUUUYYGUAUAAAUACCCUACUGUCGAUGAUCAUAAUCACCAGUUACUUCUCUUCUGUUCGUUUGAUUAAAUCAAAUAAACCAAACAACAAAUCAAAAAUGGCCGCUAAGAUGAUCAUAUUCGCUGCCUGUGUGGCCACCACACUCGCYCAAUACGCCGCCCCGGCUUACCCGGCACCCGCUUACUCCGCACCCAAGGCAUACGCCCCGGAACCCACAUACGCCCCAAAACCCUACAGCUUCGAAUACAGCGUAAACGACCCACACACCUACGAUGUGCACAGCCAAUCUGAGUCCAGCGACGGAUACGGCAACGUCAAAGGAACUUACAGCCUUUUGGAAGCCGACGGUUCCACCCGCGUCGUCGACUACACCGCUGACUCUUACGGUUUCAACGCYGAAGUCAAGAAAAUCGAAGGAGGAUACAAGGCCCCAUACAGCGCCCCAGCCCCAGCCUACAAAGCCGCCCCGUACGACGUCGACGGCGGUGGUGGAAAAUACUACGAAGUUUAA